AUGAGGGUUGCUGUGGUUCUGGUUCUGGUUCUGUUCUGCCUGAAGUCGAUGGAUUGUCAAGUUGCUGCAGACCGCAGGACGAGUGAGCGAGGAGAUGACAGACAGGGAAACCAGCCAACCAACAGAAGAGCUUUUUUUCCUGGAGGUUCUGCUCGUAAUGAGACAGAGCGCAGUAUGUUCCUCGGUGUCCGGCCGUUUGACCCGUGGCUGACCCGGGCGAUGACAGCGGAGAUGAGUUUCCCAGUCCCGCCUGGAGAAGCCUCCGCGGGGUCUGUGAAUAGCCGGGUGGCAGUGAUGGACAGCAGGGGCAGAGAUCGCCAGCUCUCCCCGGCGUUGGCGUAUUCUCCUUCAGCGCCUCUGAGGCAAGAGUCACAUCAGCCUGCCGUGGAUGCAGGAGUUCAGGGUUCCUGGGGGUCUUGGGCUGUGUGGGGGGAGUGUUCUCGGUCCUGUGGUGGGGGGGUCCAGCAGCGGACCCGGCCUUGCUUACCAUCCUACACCCACCCAGCCGCCUCCUACCCUCACGUUCUGGACGCUCAUAAGGGCCGCCUGGCCCAGGGUCAUGUGAUUUCUGCCCUGCGACCAUCCGUCCCACUGCACCGCAACGCUGACCAGCUGCCCGAUGCCCAGGGUGGGCGUGGAGACCUGGCAGAGCUCCGCCCUGGCAGGAGGAGGAUCCAUAAUCCCGGCAGUCCGAUUGGCCCAGGCACGUAUGGAUAUGGGAAGAUGCCGUAUGUCCUUCCGCUGCAGAGAGACACGGCUCAGGACCAGCGACCCGUCCGUCAGCAACGCUUCCGCCGCUCAAACCCCAGAGAGCAGAGUCGCAGACCGCUCAGCCAGCUUUACAGCCAGAGAAAAACACCUCACACACACGCAGCCUGGGUCUCCCUCCACCAGCCCGGCUCCACCCGCCACCACCAUCAGCAGGAGGAGGGCCACCACAACCGCAACCAGGCGCCGAGGCCAAAUCGGGACAGACCCUACAGCCCCCUGCCAGACACCUCCUGCCUCGGACUUCCAAACCAAUACAGGAUGUGCAACAACAAGCCCUGUCCUGCUGCCAGCAGACACAUUCGAGAGAUCCAGUGUUCUUCCUAUAACAGCCGUCCAUUCAUGGGAAGACUGUAUGAGUGGGAGCCGUUUAAUGAAGUCCCAGGGGACCAACAUUGUCAGCUGAACUGCCGAGCCGUUGGUUACCGUUUCUACGUUCGACAGGCGGACAGGGUGAUGGACGGGACGCCCUGCGGACAGAACGACUCGGCCGUCUGCGUGGCUGGAAGGUGCCAGACUCCAGGCUGUGAUGAACUCUUGGGCUCAGAGAAAGUGGUUGAUAAAUGUGGAGUGUGUGGAGGAGACAACAGCACGUGUAAGCUGGUGUCUGGCCUGUUUCAGCACAGCCUGUCCAAAAUGGGCUACCACAAGAUCGUCGAAAUCCCAGAGGGAGCCACCAAGAUCAACGUCACUGAGGUGGUGAAGAGCCGGAAUUACCUUGCGCUGCGGAGUCGGUCUGGACGCUCAAUCAUCAAUGGAAACUGGGCCAUUGACCGUCCUGGAAAGUACGAGGGAGUGGGGACCAUGUUCACAUACCGCAGACCCAAUGAGAUAAGCAGCACGGCUGGGGAAUCCUUCCUUGCUGAGGGCCCCACCAAUGAGAUCCUGGAUGUUUACAUGAUCUACCAGCAGCCCAACCCUGCGGUGCACUAUGAGUUCAUCCUGCCUGCAGAGAGGGCGGUCGGUUCUCCGUUCCCAACUGACCACAGGCCGGAGGGGAAUACCGUGAAUGACAGGGUUGAGCCGGCGUAUCCUGCGGGGACAAACCAACAGGAGCGUAAUCAGGCCGGAAGGGGCAGGUAUUCUCCGCGUGUUCCCGACAACCAGGUGCCAGUGGCUCAGCCUCCUCAACGACAGCGGGAAUACAACUGGAAACUGACGGGAAGCACCGAGUGCUCUGCCUCUUGUGGAAAAGGCAGCAGGUACACUAUAUUCAAGUGUGUGCAGCGAGCCAGCCACAUGGAGGUGUCAGACAGCCUGUGUGACCAUAACUCCAAGCCCAACUCUCAGGAAGAGCCAUGUAACGUUCAGCCCUGCCCUGCCUUCUGGGACAUUGGCGAGUGGUCUGAAUGCAGCAAAACCUGUGGGCUUGGCAUGCAGCACCGACAGGUCCUCUGCAGACAGGUUUACGCCAACCGGACGCUCAACGUCCACACCAGCCGAUGCCAGCACCUGGAGCGCCCUGAGGCCACCAGCACCUGUCAGAUGAAGAUCUGCAGCGAAUGGCAGAUCCGCUCCGAGUGGACUCCCUGCUCAGUGCCUUGCGGAGUGGGACAGAGGACUCGGGAGGUGCACUGUGUGAGUAACGUGGGCGAUAUCGUGCCGGAUGAAGAGUGUAACAUGAAGCUCCGCCCCAGUGAUGUGGAGAACUGCGACAUGGGCGCCUGUGCAAAGAGCUGGUUCUUCACUGAAUGGGGCAGUCGGUGUUCUGCAGAGUGUGGAAUGGGCGUUCGCACUCGCAGUGUGCUGUGCCUGAACAAUCACAUCAGCAGCCUGCCAUUGGAGGGCUGUGGACCAGAGCGCCCCCAAGAGGCCGAGGCUUGUAACAACGGACCUUGUGAAAGUCGCAUCGAAUGGUUCACUGGGCCCUGGAGUCAAUGCUCGGCAGAGUGCGGAGCAGGGACCCAGCAGAGGGCAGUAGCGUGUCUGAUGAAGUCCGAGGACGGCUUUACGGUGAUGCCACCAUAUGAGUGCUCAUCCCUGGAGCGUCCGCUGAGCCAACAGAGCUGCCAUAUCGAAGCCUGCGGAGCCAAGUGGUACCACACAGACUGGAGCUCAUGCUCAAAGUCAUGUGAAGGCGGGUUCCGUGUGAGGGAGGUACGCUGCCUCUCUGAUGACCUGACGUCCAGUGAGGGGUGUGAGGAGAGACUGAAGCCAGCAGAACGAGAGGAGUGCAACCCUGAGCCCUGCGUCCCGCAGAUAGAUGAGAACUGCCGUGACAAAUACUUCAACUGCAACGUGGUGGUUCAGGCCCGUCUCUGCGUCUACAACUAUUACAGAAUGGCCUGCUGUGCUUCCUGCGCUCAGAAAGCCCAGCGGCGCUCGGGCAAAACGGGUCACAGAUAG